AGCUGUCUUUUCUGUCGUAUAUGUGUUUCCUGUUUUUUCAAGGCAGCUGAGAAUGGAGCAACAGGAGUUGAGCUGGAUCUCGAGUUCACUGCGGACGGUGUCCCUGUUCUAAUGCAUGAUGACACAGUAGAAAGGACAACUGAUGGGUCUGGAAGGCUGCGUGACUUGACCUUUGAUGAAAUCAGGAAGCUUAAUGCGUCUGCAAAACACAGGCUAUGGAGGAAAUUCCAGGGUGAAAGAGUACCGACUUUGAAAGAAGCUGUUGUGGAGUCUCUGCAACACAAUCUUAUAAUCUACUUCGAUGUCAAAGGCCAUGCAAACCAGGCAGUUCAUGCUCUAAAACAACUCUACCUGGAGUUUCCUCGUUUGUAUAACAGCAGCAUAGUCUGUUCUUUCAUGCCAGAUGUUGUUUAUAAGAUGAGACAAGCUGAUAAAAAUGUUGUAACAGCGCUGACGUACAGGCCCUGGCAACUGAGUCAUCUUGGAAACGGGACGCCUCGUUUCGAUUCCUUCUGGAAACAUUACUGGUAUAUGAUGAUGGAUGUCAUUCUGGAUUGGAGCCUACACAGUUUCUUGUGGCGAUUAUGUGGAGUUUCAGCUUUCCUCAUACAGAAAAAUUUUGUUUCUCAAGACUAUGUGAGGCACUGGUCUUCAAAAGGAAUUCAAGUGGUUGCCUGGACCGUGAACACAUUUGCAGAGAAAAGAUACUAUGAAACGGUCCUAGAAGCCACCUACAUCACAGACAGCUUGGUGGAAGACUGUGAUCCUCACUACUAGAUUCAUGCUUUGCAGCACACUUACCAUUUAAACAGACCAUCUUAUUCUGGCAAGUCUGGAUUUCUCAACACAAG